CUUCUCAUCUUGCUCAUCGUCUCCCCACCCAGGAGUACGUGCAGUAUUUCAAGCACAAACUCGGCCGCAGCGUGAGCUGGGGAGACCGGAUGGAGUUCAUCAACGGCUGGUACAUCCUGCUCAUCAUCAGCGACAUGUUCACCAUCGUCGGCAGCUUCAUCAAGAUCGGGAUUGAGUCCAAGACGUUGUCGUCAUACGACGUGUGCGGGAUCCUGCUGGGAACCUCCACCCUGCUGGUGUGGGUGGGAGUCAUCCGCUACCUCAGCUUCUUCCAGAAAUACAACAUCUUGAUCGUGACUCUAAGAGCUGCCUUUCCCAACGUUAUCCGCUUCUGCUGCUGUGCGGCUGCCAUUUAUCUGGGAUACUGCUUCUGCGGCUGGAUCGUGCUGGGGCCCUAUCACACCAAGUUCCGCUCGCUGUCCACCGUGUCCGAGUGCCUCUUCUCCCUCAUCAACGGAGACGACAUGUUCGUGACGUUCGCCGAGAUGGAGCAGAGCGGCACGCUGGUGUGGAUCUUCAGCCAGGUCUAUCUCUACACCUUCAUCUCGCUCUUCAUCUACAUGGUGCUGUCGCUCUUCAUCGCGCUCAUCACCGGAGCCUACGACACCAUCAUGGUACAGUCGCUGCAUCACUUAUAG